GAAAACAAACAGUAUUGUGCGUGCACUCGGUAUUAUUUACUUUUUUUGGCAAAUCAAUAACUGAAUUUGUGUAGAGAGCAAAACACGAACGCGCUGCGCAAAAGUGAAAACUCAAUCAACGAACAAACGCAUUGAAAAGAAAAGUUAUGCCGCACAACAAUCAACCGCCUUCGGGGCAGGGAGACGAUGCACUUGGACCGCCAAAAGCUGACUUCAGUGCCCCGCCACCGUAUGAGCCGGAUGCACAGGGUCUGGGUGGCCAACAGGUGGCAUUGCCACCGCAGAUGCCAUCGCUGGCGUUGACCACACACGCCGUAGACGCGACACAGACGCAGAACGAUUUGGCGCUGCCCCAGGAGCUGCACGGCAAGUUGCCCACCUACGAGGAGGUGCAAAUGGAGAAAUCGUUGAAUGGAGAGCUGCCGCCCGCAUUUUUAACUUUGCCAUCGACGCAACAGUUGCCGCCGCCGCCGAAUCCGUUGUUGCCACUGCCUCCGAAUCCGUUGCGCGAUGGUCCCGGAGCCGUUCGCUCGGCGCAGCCGGCUCUAACAUUCAUUGCCAUCGAUGCCAGCGAUCCGGACAACAGUUUGUCGACGACAGACAAUUUGCUCGGCACGGACAUAAUGUUUAUCACGGCUUUCAUGGUCGCAUUUCUCUUCAAUUGGAUUGGCUUUCUGAUGCUAACCUGUUUCUGUCACACAAUUGCCGCCCGUUAUGGAGCAUUGUCCGGCUUUGGACUGUCGCUGGCCAAGUGGACGCUGAUCGUGAAGCAUUCGACGGACUUGGCAUCGCAUGAGAACUCUUGGCUGUGGUGGUUAAUUUGCGCCUUUGGCUUUCUGAUCGCCAUUCGUGCGCUCAUUCAGUAUGUGAGCAUCAAGCGAUCCUGGCGUCUGCUCUCCGCAUCGGCCCAGGAGCGGCUGCUCUUCUUCUACUAGGUGCGGGCGCCGUCGCCGUCGAUGUCAUCGUUGUCACAGUCGGCGGGUUAUGUAAAUACGUUAAGUGUGCGAGUUGUUUGAAAUGCGUGAUUAUGAUGAUGGUGAUGAUUGUGGCAAAGACGAUGAUGACUACGAUGACACGACGGCGAUUGC